AUGGCACUCAUCGGGACUGAGGCGGGCAUCAUCCUGGGCUACUGCCUGGCGAUGGUGUCCAUCAGCAUCAUGGGCCUGCGGCUGUACAUGCGUCGCUACCGGGGACAGUCCUUCACCCUCAGCGAUUAUUUGACUAUGUUCUGCUGUUGCUGUUUGGUCUUCAUCAUGAACGCGACCCUCCUGUGCAGCAUGUGGGGAAGUUCGGCCUACGCAUCCACCAAAAACAUGACCCCCCUCGAGAAGGAGCAUGUGAAGAUGGGCAGCAAACUCUCCUUUGCCGGGUUCCACAUUUACGCGGCCUAUCUGUGGGCCCAAAAAGCCGUCGUGCUCUGCUUUAUUGAACGGCUGCUGGGCUUGCUGCCCUGGCCAUACAUCUGGAUCCGGGUGUCCUGGGGCAUCUUGAUUGUAACGUUCAUCGCUCUGGAGCUGGUCAACUUUACCGUCUGCAUCCCAUUGCAUUAUUACUGGCAGAUUGAGCCCCCACAUACCUGCUCUCAGGCCGUCUAUCCGCUCGCCUGUCUGAUCAUUUUGAACUGCGCCACCGAUGCUCUCCUCCUCAUUCUCCCUCUCCCCUGGCUCUUCAAAGUCCGACAGCCGUUAUGCCGCCGCAUCCAGCUCCUCGCCCUCUUCUCCAUCGGCGGAUUCCUAAUCAUCAUUGCUAUCCUCCGCCUCGCAUACUACGAUAACAUCUACGACGUGUCCUUACAACUCGUCGUCAACCCGAUUGAAGAAUGUCUCUCGGCCAUCGUGGCCAACUUUCCCACCUUGUGGAGUCUCCGAAGGGCGCGCGAACCCGCUCCUCGACCGGAUCCGGUGCGUCCUGUGCCGAGGAAAAAGCCCCGCGCGUUGCAUAGUAUUCUGAUCACGGAGACGGUGGAUGUGGAGCAUUGUGCGUUGGAGGAUCGGACGCAGUCGACGACGACGGACCAAAGUAUGGGGGAUGAGAGUGAUGGACAUUUGGUGCGGAAUCAUGUGUAG